GCGCGGCGUAAUAAUACGUCUUGGCGAGUUGGGAGACGUUUCUUUUUCUAACAAUAUUUUGAUCUAACCAUUAAAUUUUUCAACAAAUAGUUUUUUAUCUAGUAAUUAAUAAUGAAGUGUAAAUAUUUUGAAACUAAAAAAACUGUGGUGAUAAAAACGCCUGAUUUCUACACGUGCAUCACUUGUCAGGUUCUGUUCAAAACAGCUGACUUGCAAAAGGAGCAUUAUAAAUUAGAUUGGCAUAGAUACAAUUUAAACAGAAAAGUUGCAUCAAUUCUUCCAGUUACACUAGAAGAAUUUGAAAAACGCGCAAAAGAACACAAGGAGUCAGCUGAAGCGGUACGAGAUGAGUCAGCCUAUUGCACAUAUUGUUCAAAAUUGUUCAACACAAAGAACGCUUACAACAAUCAUCUCAAUAGUAAAAAGCAUAAGCAAGCUGAAGAAAAAAGUAUAAAAGAGGGAAACGAUGACCAUAGUAAUCAUUCUGAUACUGAAAGUUUUGUUAAAAUUGAUAAUGUAGAUAAUCUUCCUAUCAAGAAUGAACCUGAAAAGUUUGUUGUUGUAAAGCCUGUUGGUUCGGGAGAUGAAGACAUUGAAACUGAUUCAGAAAUUGAAGAGCUUGAUUCAGAUGAAUGGGAUGAAUGCCGUAUAAAAGAAAGUGAUUCGCUAAUCAAGCCGAGGGAUUGUCUGUUUUGUUCACACCAUAGCAAAAAUAUGGUUAAAAACCUGAAGCACAUGUCUGAAGUACAUUCUUUCUUUAUCCCGGAUGUGGAGUAUUGUGUUGAUGUCAAAGGUCUAUUGUUAUAUUUGGGUGAAAAGAUUUCACAAGGAUACAUGUGUCUUUGGUGCAAUGAGACAGGGCGUACUUUCUAUUCAUUGGAAGCUGCCCGAGGACACAUGAUUGAUAAAGGACAUUGUAAAAUGUUACACGAAGGACUUGCUUUAGCGGAAUAUGCAGAUUUUUAUGACUAUAGCUCUUCAUAUCCUGACCACAAAGAGGGUGAAGAAAACAUGGAUGUAGAUAAUGAAGUGGAGGAGCCAGCAAACUUGGAAGAAUCUGAUUACCAACUUGUCCUACCUUCUGGUGUUCUUGUUGGACACAGAUCUCUUAUGAGGUAUUACAAGCAGAAUUUGACACACAACAGUCAAGUCCUAGUUAAGAAGUCUGACCGCAAGUUACACAGGCUGCUAGGUGUUUAUAAAGCCUUAGGAUGGGCACCAAAGGAGCAAGCGUUAGCUGCCAAGAAAGCGCGUGAUAUCCAUUUCAUGAAGAGGGUUCAGGCCAAGUGGCAGAUGAAACUGUCAUUGAAAAGCAACAAGUUCCAGAAGCAUUACCGGCCUCAAGUUAACUUCUAGAACUUUCUACAAUAUUCUAAAUUUUUGUUAAGCAAUAUAAUUACAUUAUUCAAUCAUUUAACAUUCUAAAUAUUAUUUGAAGUUUCCACUAGUGAAACACAGGAAUAAAAACAUUUCCUCAUCUGUUUCAUUGAAUUUCUUUGGGUCUAUACAAAUAUUUGUGACAAUCACCUUUGUAUCGUCAAUUAUGUCAAAAUGUGUGUACUUUAAGUCCGAUAGGAGGCGCUGUACAGACUUUAAUACAAAU